CAAGGCUGUAUAAUUGGAUGCAAGCAGGAAAGCAACUGUAGUUACAUAAUAUAGCAGUCGUCUUUCUUUUGAUUAUGAUCUUUUAGCUCUUGCUUUCUUUUGAAUUUGAAGAUGACUCUUGCGUUAUAUUACCAAUGUUCCCUUUUCCUUUCCUUCCAUUUUUGGUCCAGCGUCACGGAAAUGACACCUUCCCUCCCUCUCUUCCUCUUCUUCUUCUUCACAAUCGUGUGGUAUGAUCUUCCGCUAUGUUUCGGCGACGGCACAGUCGAUGAAUUUAAAGCUUGCGAUGUCUAUUACAACUGCGGAGAUUUUGUAAACAUCACGUAUCCGUUCUGGGGGAAUGAACGGCCGGUAUUUUGCGGGCGGCGAGAAUUCGAGCUCAAUUGCAAAGACAACAGAACCACCACGAUGGAAAUCAGCUCUAUAGAGUUUCACGUUCUCAACAUCAGCCGAUCCAAACAUACAAUGACAAUCGCAAGAUCGGAUCUCCGAACUGAUUACUGCCCUAAAAUCGAAACCAAAACGACGACGAUUGAUUAUCGUCUCUUCAAGUAUACUUUGAACGAUCUGAAUCUCUCUGUCUGGUACGAUUGCCCGCUGCAACCUGGAAUUCUCGACAAUUACAGAUUCACGUGCGGAUCGGAGGGGGAAAUACGAGGGAGAGCGAAUUACGCUUUCGAAACGGAAGCGCUGAAUCGGAGUAGAAACAUGAGCGAGUGUAGACUGAACAUCGAAGUGACAAUUACAAAAGAGGUAUUCGAAGAAACACACAAGAACAGAACGAUGGCGGUGGAGCAGGGUGUGAAAAGAGGGUUUGAUGUGGAAUACGGGGAUUUCUACACGGUGGCGUGCGAGGGGUGCAAAGUAUACGGCGGCAAGUGUGGAGGGAACGCCACCCAUGAGUUUUACUGCAUUUGUAGCGAUGGAGACAUCCAUCCUUACGUUUGCAAGUCUCCUCCUCCUCCUGAUCUAGAUCAAUCCGAUACUGGACCGAAAGACAUAAUAGAUCUAGAUCAAUCAGAUACUGGACCGAAAGACAUAAUAGGUGCAACUACCAUCAUUGUCUAUAUUAUUAUCAUCAUCUCCAUCUACUACAAGAGAAGAAGCAUCUCAAACAACGACAAAAUUGAGGAAAUUAUAAGGAACUAUUCCACGCAAACACCCAAGCGAUAUACUUACUCAAAGCUGAAGAAAAUCACAGGCUCUUUCAACAACAAGAUUGGCCAAGGAGGGUUUAGCUCUGUCUACAAAGGAAAGCUACCCGACGGCCGCGAUGUGGCUGUGAAGCUUUUGAAUGAAUCCAAAUCAAAUGGCGAAGAAUUUAUGAACGAAGUUGUUAGCUUCGCCAAAACUUCCCAUGUAAAUAUAGCCACACUCUUAGGUUUCUGCUACGAGAGGAACAAAAGAGCUUUGAUUUAUGAUUAUAUGGCUAAAGGGUCCCUAGAUAAGUACAUUUCCAGCAACAGGAUUCAAGAAAAGGGCGAGAAGUUGGAUUGGAACACACUCUACAAUAUUGUCAUCGGCGUGGCACGAGGCUUGGAGUACUUGCACCGUGGCUGCAACACAAGGAUCUUGCACUUCGACAUCAAGCCACACAACAUACUCUUGGAUGAUGAUUUCUGCCCCAAAAUCACUGAUUUCGGGCUGGCCAAGCAAUGCAGGGCCAAGGAGAGUCAUGUGUCGAUGACAUGUGUAAAGGGGACAAUAGGGUUCAUAGCGCCAGAGAUAAUAUUUAGGAAUCUUGGCAAAGUUUCUCAUAAGUCUGAUGUUUAUAGUUAUGGGAUGUUGGUUCUUGAGAUGGUGGGUGAGAGAAAGAGUCCCAAUCAAGGAGUGGAGCAGAGCAGCGAUGAGUACUUUCCUGAUUGGAUAUAUAAGGAUCUUACACAAAGUGAAAUUCAUGGGGGCUGUUGGUGGGGAAACACAGAGGAAGAAGAAGAAAUGGCAAGAAAAAUGAUCAUUGUGGGGUUGUGUUGUAUUCAGACAUUGCCCGGCGACAGACCGUCGAUGACCGAUGCGGUUUCGAUGUUGGAAGGCAGUGUUGAUGGCUUACAAAUUCCACCAAAACCUGACUUGUUCGGACCUCCUGCCGCUGAUCUACUCCAAGUUGCUGCUUCUUCUUCUUCGACCUCGUACUAAUGGCACUAACUUUAGUGACUGUAUUGCUCAUUGGGAUGCUUUUCCUUCUGUCUUUGAAUUCCCAAUGCUUGUCUGAUACACCAGCAGAAGCAGCACAUGAGCGUCUCUCAAAUUCAAUAUCUUUUUUAUAACAAUGGAAUGGAUUCAGUGUGAGAUUCCAUGUCGGUUGAGGAAGAGAACCAUUCUUCGUAAGGGUAUUGAAACUUUUCCUUAGCGCAUGUGUUUUAAAAAUUUGAAGGAGAAGCUCGAAAGGAAAAGCUCAAAGAAGACAAUAUCUACUA